AUGUCCACAUUCAAUUUUUUCUCUGGGGGAAUAGCUAUUCUAUCUGGUAUAGCUUAUAUUUUUCAAUCAUGGAGAUCCCUCUAUAUUACAUCUUCUAUUCCUUCCAUUCUAUUCGUUGCUAUCAUACUUCAUUUCUUGUCUGAGUCCCCUCGAUGGUGUCUUAUUAGAAGAAAGAUGAACCAGGUUAUGAAAACUAUGCACAGAAUCGCUAUAACGAAUGGAAACCACCUCUCUGACGGUACCCUUCUUGUCCUUGAUGAAGAAGGAAACUGUGUUCCAGAUAAAGUUCAUGGUGAAAGUAAAACAGAAUUUGAAUCACAAUCAGCCAUAACUGGAUCCCUCAUAGAUGUGCUUCACUUGCCACUAAUACAAAUUCGUUUACUUCUAGCGGUGGCCAUCAACUUCGUGUGCUCUGUUGUCUACUACGGCCUAAGUUUGAAUGUGGGCAACCUCGGAACCAACCUUUAUCUUAACGUUCUCCUUAAUUCUAUAGUAGAAGUGCCUGCAAUUUUGUUAACAGCUAUUCUGUUAAACAAGUUUGGCAGAAAGCCCCUAGCUAUUGGGAUACAAUGGUUCAAUGGGGUAUUUUGCAUUGUAGGGAGCUUGUUAAAAGGCUAUGGAACAUGGAAGGUUGUCCGAAUUGUCUGUGGUAUUCAGGGAAUUUUUGGUAUGGCUGGAACUUAUAAUCUGUUGUUUGUUUAUAUGGUGGAGCUUUUUCCUACCGUCGUAAGAAAUGCAGCGCUAGGGUGCGCUACUCAGGCUGCCCAAAUGGGAGCCAUAUUAUCACCGUUCGUGGUGGUGAUAGGCGAAGGAAUACCCUUUGUGUUGUCGGAGCUUGUGGGAUUGCAGGAGGAAUUCUACUAUUUUACUUGA